UGUAGAACAUCCCAAUUGCAGGGAGGGAUAACACUCACUAAAAUUAAUUAGUCAAAAGUGGUGGGGGUGGGUGGGGAGGACUCUUCUCCGUCGCCACUAUCUGAUCCCCCUCCCUCCUCGCUUACUUUGCUUUCUCAGUGCCAUCGGCGGGUUGGUACUUGGUAGAAUUUCAUACUUGGUCAUCUUCUUGGAAGCCCCCAGAUCCACAAUGGCGGAGGCAACAGCAGAAGCAAGUGAAACUUCCCAGAAUUCAAAUCUUGCAGUAGACCAGAACCACGACACUUCCGUUUCUCAUCUCCCAAAUCACGGCAUCAAGCCCCAGCACGAGUUUUCAGAAGAACAAGUAAGACACAUUCUCGAAGUAAUUGCCGCCACUGGGAAGUUUUGGCAUGAAUGGGACAAAUUGAAGGGUAUGCUGUCCUUCUAUCUCAAGCAGGUCCUAUCUCAAUACCCAGAGGCAAAAUUAAGUAGUGAGCAACAAAUUUCUUCAAUGGGAGAGACCUUCCUUGAGUUGGUGAAAAGGUUGGAUGAUGCUCUUCAGAGCUUUGUUGAGGGCCCUCCAUUUACACUACAGAGGGUUUGCGAGAUUUUGUUGGCAGCAAGAACCAUUUAUCCCAAUCUUUCAAAGCUUGCCUUGGCCCUGGAAAAGAAUUUGUUGGUGACAUCUGUGUUGACCAUCUCUACAGAUCUCUGUCCUGGAACAUCUGACCCGAGAUUGACUACAGGGGGAAGAGAAAAUGAGGAGCCCAAUGCUAAAUUGGAAUCCACGCAAAAUGGUGUCCAACCUUUGGGAGGCGACAAGGAUGAAAUAAUGACAGAAGUUCAGGCUUCUGAGGCUGACGAGGAUAUGACAAUUGACAUGGAAACCUUCGAAGAAAUAGUUAGAUCAUCAGAGACAAAUUCUACACCUACUUGUGAUUCAGAAUCUACCAGUAUCUGACAUCCACCACAAGUCCAGUUCCGGAAACCCCAAUUUGGGGUUUUUUUUUUUUUUGGGGUGGGGAGGUGGGGUGGGUGGUUUUAGCUUUGUGGUGGCUAGUGCAUUAGGUUGGCCUUUCUGAAGGAGCCAUGACUGCGCACAUAAUGACUUGGUAAACUUGUAAGGUCCGGAACUUUUUUUUUUUUUUGGUAAAAUUGGGAUGAAGAGAGCACGUUGAUUAAUCUCUCAACCUGUACAAUUUUUAUGUUUAGUUGGCGAUGUCAAAUUUGUAGUUGUCUAGUUGGCCCUUCUGAAGUAAUGGAAAUCUUUGGUUUAGCGAAGCAUUUCUCGAA